CUAAUAGUAUUUUGAGGUGAGUGAGAAGAGUGAUGAUGGGGACAGCAAAAGAGCACAUAGAAGAAAUAAGGAGGAGCAAGUUCUCAAUAGGAGGUGAAACAAAUCCAUUAACAGAGGACCUUCAUCAGGCUGUUAAAAAUCUCUCUGCUGAGCUUUAUGCUAAGGACGUUCAUUUCCUCAUGGAACUCAUCCAGAAUGCAAAGGAUAAUGAGUACGACAAAGGAGUGAAUCCAUCACUGGAAUUUAUGAUAACUUCAAAAGAUAUUACUGAGACUGGUGCUCAGGCUACACUUUUGAUAUUCAAUAACGAGAAAGGUUUCUCUCGUAAGAACAUAGAGUCCAUAUGCAGUGUUGGACGUUCCACUAAGAAGGGCAAUCGCAAGCGUGGCUACAUAGGCGAAAAAGGUGAAAUGACAAUAGUUGAGUGA